AUGACAACUACAUGGAUCAAAUUGAAUCACAAUCAUGAAUCAGUCAAUAACAUUGUCUUGGGCCUGGAUGAAAAUGGUGGUUUACGUAUAUCACUUGUCAACAUUAUAUUUCCAGGAACUAGGCUGCUCAAAUAUUUCGAUGAUCAAAAUCAAUGGAAAUGAAAACCUACGUCAUCUGUUGUAUCCGAUGGCUCACCAGAAACUAUACCAUCAAAAUCUUCUAAUUUAUCAGUUGCUGAACAUAAAUCAUAUAUAAUUGAUACAUUAAAUAACUGGUGCAAGAACAACAAAUCAAAAGAUAAUAAUGAACGAUUUUCUUUAGUUGAAGGCAAGGAUUAUUUUAUUUCAUUACAAAAUGAUUCAAGUGGUACAUUAAAAUGUAAUAUAAAGUGCUGCUGUGAAAAAUGGACAACAUUAGUAGUUAGACGUGGAAAAUUUCAACUGUCAAAUUUCUAUCGACAUUUACAAGGUUUAACUAAUGAAUGUCCUGCAUUAAAAAAAAAUAUUAAUAAUCCUCCAGUAUCAUCACCAUCAUCAACAAAUAAUCAGCAACCAUUGACCACAUCAGAUAAUGUACUUCAACAAAUUGCAUCACCAAAUUCGAUAUCUAUUAUACCACCAUCAGAUACAAUACAAUCGAAUUCAACUUCAGUCACAGCAUCGUCUAUCUCCAAAUCAACAGAAGAUGAUGAAGCUUGUGAUGAAAACAUUAUCGAACAACCAUCAUCAUUAAAAACAAAAAGACAACAAAAAGAACAAGAAGAAGAUAAUUUUUAUAUGCAGAAUAUUGUCUUGUUUGUACUUGUUCGAUUACUUUUUUCGUGUUCUCUUAUAUAUUAA